AUGGUGAAGAAGAGGGCCAAUCCAUUGAGGAUUGACUUUAAAAAAGGAAUUAUUGAAGAUAAACUUCUGCAAAUAAGGAAUGAAGAGACAAAGGAAGUCCCAGAUCUGAUUCAUAUUUGGACCGUAGAUAUUUCACCAAAGGAUUCCAAGAAGUUCAUCGAACUGGUUAGAUUUUUAGCCAGUCCCAGAGAUCCAGUUUCUCUACUACAUAUUAAGAGAGUGAAGAAAAAUGUUAUUGGAUCGAACACUUCUCUCAUGGUAGCACUUUGUUCCAUACAACUUUUCAAUUCUAAGGAUGAAGUCAUACGAACGUUACAAGAAUUCAACAGGGAUUUAGUUUAUGAAAAUUUGACUUGUGAACAUCAAGCACCACUACAGGGUCCCGGAACGAAAGAACAGGCAAUAAGUUGGUCUGAGAAAUAUUGGCCACUUAUCUGGCGCGGUAAUCCAAACGAUCAGAUCUUAAAUGACAUGGAAUUUGACAUGUUAUUUAUUAAGGACAUUCUCAAAAAAAUAUCAGAAAAAUCUAAGGAAGAGUUGGCAAAUGGAAAUAAGAGACCUAUUGUAACGGCAUUUGUAGAACCUAGUAAGAAGGAAACUAUUAUUACAACAGAUUCUUGCUGUACCACACCAUUAGAUCACAGUAUCAUGAACGGUAUAAGAAAAGUUGCAGAAAACAACAUGAAAUAUUCUAGAAUGCAUCCAAACACUGAAAAGACAAAAGAUUCACCUUAUUUGUGCCUGGGAUACGAAAUUUACACGACUCAUGAACCCUGUUCCAUGUGUUCAAUGGCCCUCAUUCAUUCCAGGAUAAAACGAUGCAUUUUUAUAGAGCCAAUGGCUCAUACUGGUUCUUUAACGGUUAAUAGUGGUGAUGGCUACUGCAUGCAUAAUAAUAGACUCUUAAACUCUAAAUACGAAGUUUUCCAAUGGAUAGGAGACGAAUACAAAGUUCCCGCAUUACCACGCGACACCUGCUGUUAG